UUGGCUUAGAAGACAUUCUUACGAUCCUAAAUUUAUUGAUUCUCAAAAAAUUUUAAAUGUGCAAACUUUAUGGAACGCAGAAAUCAAAAAAGAUCCACCAAUUGUUAAAUAUACAGAUGUUAUGAAUAAAAAAGAAGGGUUAACAAGCUUGCUCAAAAACAUUAAUGAAUUUGGUUUUUGUUUUACCGAUGGUGUCCCACAUAUGGUUAAGGAAACGGAAGAAUUAGCAAGACGAAUUUGCUUUAUUCGUGAAACCCAUUAUGGUGGAUUUUGGGAUUUCACGGCAGAUUUAGAACACGGAGAUACCGCAUAUACAAACCUUCCUUUAAAAGUGCACACAGAUAAUACAUAUUUUACAGAUCCAUCAGGUCUUCAAAUGUUUCAUUUAAUCGAGUUUGAUGGUGUAGGUGGUUCUUCUUUGUUAGUGGACGGUUUUAAUGUAGCUAAUCAGCUAAAAAUGAAAUCUCCUAUCGCCUAUAAAACACUCUCUACAAUUAAAAUUCCAACACACUCAGCAGGUGAUAUAAAUACAUUAAUUCAGCCAACUCCUAAUGCAUAUCCAAUUUUAAAUCAUGAUUAUUUUAAUUCUCUUUAUCAAAUUCGUUAUAAUAAUGAUGAUCGAUCCACAAUGAAUAAUUUGGAACCUGAUCAAGUUUUAGAAUUUUAUGAUGCACUAAGAGAAUGGAAUAAUUUAUUAAAAGCUGAAUCUAAUGAAUAUCGAUUUCAAUUAUCUCCAGGAAGAGUUAUAAUUUUUGAUAAUUGGAGAGUAUUACAUGGUAGAGAUAAAUUUAGUGGCCAUAGAAGAUUGAUUGGGUGUUAUCUGAAUUGGGAUGAUUAUCAAAGUAAAUUAAAAGUUUCAACUUUAAGUCAAGAAGAAAUUUUAGAAAGUUUGUAG